AUGUCUCGAGAGGGCGCGAAAAGCUCAGACGACAUGCUCGACGAGCCGACGUACGCCGUCUUCUACGCCGUCCUCGUCGCCAUCAGCGACCUCUUCUCCGUCUUUUUCAUCUUUACAGUGCUCACCAAAUCGACCGCCGAUAUGAAAUUGUAUAAAGUUGUAAUGCUCAAGUUAGCUGUGAGUUGUACUUUUCGAAAUAAUGGUUCAAUGGUCCAGUUGUUUUUUAGAUUUGUGAAUUUCUAUUCAACAUUUCUGUUUCAAUGCUUGUUAUUCCUGACCUUUUGUGUCCUCUUCCGGCGGUGGCGGUCAGGAGUCCUAUCGGAGGACUCAGUGAAACCCACGCAUUCAUCACCGUAAUCCACUCAAUUCAAUCCAAACGACAACUCACUUCCCCUUCUCCAGAUAUCUGUCACCGUCGCGACCGCAAUCACUGUUUUCACCUCCAUCAACGAUUGCUGCUUCAUCAGAGUGUGCAUAUUUUAUCAGUGGAACUCUUUUCUGCAGAAAGUGUACACUUUGCGCGGAGCACUCUUCUCAGUGCUCGGCAAUGGCGUCGCAGUGCUCCUGAUCGUAGUGGCUCUCUGGCUCGCAGUCAAUACUAACAAGGUAUAUAUUUUUGGAUCGUCAGAACUGAAAUAAGCGGGCAGCUGAAAUUGAGAUCAAGAGUUAUCACUUGUAGGAGUUCCUGGCUUUGGUGGCCGCGCAAAACAUGACGCCCGCCCUCGGAGCAUACGCUUUCCAGCCGGACACUGUCUACUUCUACGUGGAUAUCUGGAGACCGCAAGUGCUCCCCUUGAUGACCGCUGUGAUUCUGGGAUUGGCGGGAAUCCAUACUAUGAACCUGCUGGCUUCCAGAUUUGUUUGGAGGGAAAUUGCUACUCGAAAGAAGAACAUGUCCGUCAAGAGUUACCAGAAUCACAGACAGCUCACGUUGCUUGUACUUUUCCAGGUGAGGAGACCUGGUUAUUUUUCUUGUACCGAUGCUUCUUCAGAAUCUGGCGCCUGUUGCCGCCCUCUCAAUUCCCCUGAUCAUUGUCACAUUCUCAUUUCUGAUGCGAUACGAGUCGGAUACAUUCGCAGAACUCGUCAAGCACUUUGUCACUUUCACUGUUGCCAUUUACCCUGCUCUUAGCGUUGCUUUAAGGUAA